UUAACGGACGUCUAUCAGCCACGGACUCAAAUAAAGUUGAACUCGAACGUUUAUUACAAAUUCGUAUUUACUUAUUUCAAUAUUUUAUGCUUAUGUGUAAUUUUAUUCAUAUUCUAUGAUCAAAUUUUCGCAAACAAGGGCGGAGGGAGCACCCUCUUUUGCACGGGGGACAAAGUUUUGAGGCUAAAAGGUUCCGCCUUGGCGAGUACUCGGAAGUGUUUUCAUGGUGGACCGGUAAGCUCUCCAAACGUGCCUAACGUGGAUGAAAGUCUGGAGUUUCAUUUUAAACCAUUUGAGCACUAUUUAGACGCCGAAGACAUGGCGUCACGGAGCUACGCCGCCUGUGUUCUCUGUCAGCGGGCGGCUGUGGUGAAGACGAUAAACAGGGGAAUGAGUGCAGCUGCCCACCCACAGUCCCAGGCAGAUUUCCUGAAAGGAGAACCACACAAGAAGCACCCAGGUGUGACCAACCUGAAAACUCUGCGACUCCCCGAGGAGCUCCAGGUGGCAGCGCAGUUGAUCAUUCACAGAGCUCAGGUGACUCGUCUCCCUGAACGCACUCAGAAACUCACAAACUUCCUUUGGAGCCGGAAACGAGCUGUCGAGGAUUUGUCUCUGAGGCAGAAAGCUGUGGGUCUGGAGAAAAAGCUGUGGGAGAAAGCAAUGCAGAAGGGUGGAGAUAUUGAUGAGGAGGUGCUGGACGAUCGCAUCAGGAAGAAGGUUUUCUCAGAGCUCAGAAGAACUACGUAUCACUGGACUCCACUAAAGUUUGAUGAAGAGCUGGGUGUGGUGUACAUGGCGGCUCGGCUGGCUGGAGGCUACGCAGCAGUGAGGAGAGCUUUGAAUGAGAUAAAGAAGCGAGAUCCUUCGUUUGCUCCUCAGUCUCUUCUGGAUUUUGGUUCAGGCCUGGGAACCGUUGCCUGGGCAUGCCACUCAUGCUGGGGCGACUCUUUGAAGGAGAUGGUGUGUGUGGACAGCUCUGGGCCGAUGAACAUUUUGGCCGAGCGACUUCUCAAAGGUGAUGAUGAAAGAGCCGAACCUCACAUCAAACAAGUCUAUUUCCGACAGUUUCUCCCCGUCUCUCCUAAGGUGCAGUUUGACUUGGUAGUCGCAGCUUUUACCCUAUCAGAGCUUCCCAAUGUGAAAGAUCGAGAAGAGGCAGCGUUCACACUGUGGAGAAAGACCAGCUCGUAUCUGGUGCUGGUGGAAAACGGGACCAAAGAGGGCCACCAAAUGCUUAUGGAGGCCAGAGACACUUUAAUAAAUAAACAAGAGAAGACUGUCUACGACUUCAGACCUGCGUCAGUUUUUGCUCCGUGCUCUCAUAAACUCAUGUGUCCUAAAUUGGCCCGAGAACCCAUCACACCCUGCAACUUCCAGCAGAUGUACCACGCUCUGCCUCUGCCUGGGCACAAUCACCGUCAGACGGAGAAGUUCAGCUACCUGAUUCUGAGUCGGACAGAACCAUCACAGGCAGAACCAGAAGGUGUGAGCUGGGCGAGACUGAUCUCUCCGGUGCUGCGUAGAACCAGACAUGUCCAUUGUCACAUGUGCUGCCCUGACGGACAACUGCAACACAAAGUGGUGACGGCAAGAAAACACAGCAGAGACGUGUACCGCUGUGCUCGGAGCAGCGACUGGGGAGAUCAAAUGCCGAUUGUUAAGAAUGUCGAGGAAGACGUCCACAGUGACUCAGAGGGAUGAUUAACCCUUUAAGAUAGAAUCUUUGGAAUUUAGAAACAAGGAAAACACCCUGAAUCUGCUGGUUAUACAGAACAUCUGCAUUUCCUUGCUAGAGUUGUUUAAAUAGUGACUCAUAUAUAUCAAGCUGGUCUCACAAUGCUACUUUGUGCAACUUUACUGUGUUCCACCUUCAAUAAACCAGUUUAUUGUUUUACAAGCACGGCAGACUGAAAUGUGCCCUUUUUAAAACCUCCAAACUAGACACUGAAAUUUCACUCUGCACAUGUAUCAGACUGUGUGGAUAAAUAUCAUCUUUUUACUGAGAGAAUCCCGAAUUACCUAAUGAUUAUGUGCAGCCUUAAAUGAUGCAGUUGGAUGGACAGAUCAAAAAAUGUGAAGAUUCAGUGAUUUACGUGUUCAGAUCUUUUAUCUUGUGCCCAGGGGAGCUGCAAAGGUUAGUGGAUUUGAUCAAUGAUUAAUUAGGGUGCCUUCCAAGCUUGUCUGUGGUUUCUUAUGCUUUGAGUGUCUAUGGACUAAAACAACAUCUAACCUGAUAGCAUCACCUCAGGCUUUGUAAAACUGUUACUGGACAAUUUUCUCAGUUUGUGUGUCAACUGAAGGAUUAGUUGAGACAACAAUUCACAGAAUAACUGAUAAUAACCACACCUCACAUCUGAGAACAUCUUCUUAUUCCUGCGCCUCUGAAAGUGGAUGCAAAGUUUGGUGUCUCUUAACUGUUUUCAAUUUUUUUCUUCAUAUUUUUAAGAUAAGAUCGUCCUUUAUUACUCCCCACGUCAGGGGAAAUUUCCAUUGUUACUGCAGCAAAAAUCUUUCAGAGCAGCACUAACCAUAUAUACAGUAAAGAUAAUUAUAAUAAUAAUAAUAUAUACAAUAUAUACAAGAAUGAAGGAUGAAAAAUGAAUAAAUAGAGUAUUACUACACUAUAAAUAAUGCCAUCAGCAUAAAGUGCUUGUGUUUUGUCAGCUGCUGAUGGAGGUUUCUGCUGGGAGAAGAGUUUUUUCAGGAGAGGAGCGUUUUUCAUUGAGACAGAACAAAUCUGGACAACAACAUCCAAUUCCAGUGGACAUCUUGAGGUGUUUUUGUGGUUGCUGUGCUGGUGCAAAGGUGAAGGCUAGGAAAUUGAGAUAUAAGCCCUUUCUUCCAUCAGUCAUCACGGGAAACGUCAACUCUGCCAAACAAAAGUGAUGAGCUGGAGACAUUGGUGAAGACUGACAAAACAUACCGUAAAUGCAGUACCUGUGUUUUACUGAAACCUGGUGGAAUCAAAACAAUUCCGACUCAGCUGUGGAUCUACCUGGCUUCACUCUCAUAAGGUCAGACAGAGAUGCUAAAGCUAGUGGCAAGAAGAAAUGAGGGGGUCUGGUUUUAUUUGUUCAACUGAGAUGGUGUAACUCUGUGAUGGCUGUGCCUACAGACACACAAAAGGUUGCAGCAUUCACUCACCCACAAACACCACUGUCAUAUGUUUAGUUAUUUUGAGUUGCAGUCACUUAAAUUAUAACAUCGAUUUAUUAGCAUGCAUAUUUAGUUUACAUAUUUCAUCAUUUUGCAAUUUGUUUGUAGUAAUUCAUUUCUCCUUUGUUUGAGUUACCUGGCUGCUGCAUGACAUUUCCAGCUUGGAUGAACAAAAGAUGGGGCUGAGGGCGGAGCAGAGCUUUAUGCUGAAGGCCCUCUCAUGGACUAAACCAAGAGCUUUUACAUCAUGGGGGGGAUCAGGGUUUUGUUUAGCUAGUUUUAUUUAUUGUGUAUGUAGUUUCCCCCUGUGUGUUAAAUGUGGUCUGAUCCAUCACUAUAUAUGUUGCCCCAGUGUCUCAUUCUGGCAGGUCUGUUAUUUGAGUUGGUGUUUAGGUUCUGUUAGUCUUAUUUUCAGUAGAGUUAUAUUUUGUUCACCUCUUUUAAGGGCCCUACAGCUGUGAUUCAAUUACCUUUAGUCGUUUCUUUUGUAAAAGUUACUUUUGGAAAAUAAAUCCUUCUUUUUUUUGAGCUUUA